UCCCUCGUUCCCUCGUUUCAUUUGUUUACUAAAAUGCUGGUUUAGCUUAAACUCAUGGAAAAGAUAAAUGUUGGUAAACCUCAGAAUUUUCAGAUUAUUUAAUUCUUGUUUCUAAUUUCUUAUCCUUUCAAAUGUUUGGCUAUCUUCUAUUUUAGAUAUUUACGUUUAAUUGUGUGUCUUAACAUCUAUAAUCAAUAUGAGAUACUGUCUUGUAAAUUGUCUAUACAUUACAGUUGUCUGCCAAUUUGUUUUUGCCUUUCUUGUGUCUGCAAAGGAAUCAGGCAAUCCACAGGAAAGUGACUUGGAUGACUCUGAAAAAUUGCUUUACAAAUCUUUGGAUAAAUCAGAUUGGGUUGAUUAUGGAGACAUGUUUACUUAUGAUCCUGCAACCAAAACUAAUCGUGAACCCAAACUGAAAACAGCUGUUGAAAUGGUAAUUAAAAGGAAAAAGGAAGCUCAACAAAAUGCUGAUCAAUUUGAGUCUAACUGUGAUGCAGUGGAGCAAAAAUUAAGAGAAUGUGAAGCUAAGAAAAGAUUGACCUAUGACUGUGCUCGAAAUGACCAUUGUGGCAAACUUAGCUAUCUAAUAGUUAGACGGCUCAUAAUGAAGUUGUCAAAGCUUAUUGAUAGUCGAUAUUACAGUGGAUCAACAAUUGGAUUGAAUGUGAACCUAGAUGACUACUUUUUUGAUUUGCCAUUUGAUUUUUCUAACCUCACGGACUGUGAUUAUUUAGUCCAAAUUAACCCUCUUAUUGAUCGGUUAAUAUCUUCUGUGGUGAUCACCAUUCCCAAGUCAAAUAAUGUUGUUAAUACUGAUCUAUACAAAUAUGGUACCACAGCUAUUGGAAUCAUUUUAGUUGUUCUUUGGUUUGGUUUAAAAAUGUCAACUCAGACUCGGUUAUAUGCAAUUUUGUUUUCCUUCAUGAGUGUGGUUUAUAUUGUCGAAUAUAAUUCACUCUUUGAAACCCAUAAAGCUCAUUCUCAGGAAACCAUAGAUCGUCUCAAAUCGAAGUGCACUCAACAAGAUGAUCAAGAUUGGUCUGGUUGGUUGAAGAGCAUGUUACCAGUUAUGAGCUUUAAAAGCUCCAAAAAUGAGUGUCAAGAUUAUUAUUCUGCAUUGUAUGUUUCUCCAUUUUGGCAGACUAAUCCAAUCACGCCAUUUUUCACCAUCUUCACCAAAAUUUUCUCACAUUCAAUGAAACUCUUAGCCGACACAUCUGGAGCUUCUGUUGCUUCUUUCUUUAGUCAUAUUCCUGCUUUGUACUUCGUUCCUAUUUUAAUUUCAAUGGUGGUACUGUUUAUAUAUGCAAUGAAAUAUUUUUUCAAGUAUAGAAAUAGCCCCAGAAUAAUAUUUCCGAAGCAGAAAAAUAUUUUUAUUGAGAAAGAAAUCGAAUCACCACCAAAGAUUAAAGAAACAAUCAGAGAUGAGAUUAAACCACCAAAGUUAGAAAGAAGAAGAAGAACCAAAAAAACACUGGUAAAAUGCAGUUCACUUGGAAAUAUUCGAGAUCUCUGUUUUUGAAGCUAUGAUUUGAAACAAAUGAAUUAAAAUCUUAUUGUAAAUUGAACUUUAAUUACCUACUGGAUCUUAAAUGAUGAAAACAAAUCAUCAGCUGUUCCAUAGCGUUUCCGUGCUCACUAGAUGGCCUUUUCUAAAUAUCAAAGUUUAUGUUUAUCAAUCAUUUGUCGUUACCAUUAUGAACAAUGAUAAAAAGCCCGCCAAGUAUAGUUUGGGUGACAAAGUACUUGCUCGUUGGGUUGAUGGAAGACGUUAUCCUGGAAUGAUUGAUCAAAUUUUAACUAAUGGAAAUUAUAUCGUCUUCUUUGAGGAUGGAGCUCGAAAAAGUGUUAAACCAAUGCAUAUUGAAUUAAAUUUAAAGCCAAUCCCAAGGUUGGAGUAUCCAUUUGCUGAUCCCAAGGAACUUGCAGAAAUUCAUGAAAGUGAUUUGUGUGAUUAUAUUAUCAAGUGCAUAUGUGAGUCUACCAAAGAUGUUGGUAUUUUAGUGCAAUGUGAAUAUUGUAGUUCAUGGCAACAUGCUACAUGCAUUGGAAUUGAAACAAAUGAAGAUCUUCCCAAUGCUUACACUUGCUACGUUUGUAAAAACCCGGAAAAAGUUUACGCAAGUCGUCGUUAUUGUCAUGAUUCAUUCUGGUUGAAAAAAGGAAAGUUACCUUGUUUCUCAAGUACAGAGGAACAGUCUUCAAACAAUCAAGAAAGUAAAGUUGCAGCAGUUAAUCUUCUUCUUGAUGCCGCUAUGGAAUGUGUUUGGAUAAUUCAUGGACUCAAAAAUCAAAUCUCUUUAUUAGAAGGAACUAAAGAAUCAAUUAAUCUUAACUUAUGUAACAAACCAUCGAUAAAAAAUGAUGAAUCAACUUUACUUAAAUCAAGCAAAGAAACCAAAUCUGAGGAAAUUUCAAUUUUAAAGUCUUAUUUAUCAAUCAAAGAUUCAAGUCCUGCUAAAAAUUUAACCAGCGAUAAAUCAAGCGCGAGUCCAGAUCAAAUUUACCUUAAAUUACCCUCCAAUUCAAAAGCUAAUGUAAAACAUAACAUUCAAGUUGACCAAAUUAUUGAGGACCCUUCAAAAAGUGAUUGCGAAGUAGCCGAUGAAGAGAUUAUUAAUCAAAAAUCUACUAGUAAAUUAUCACCUCUCGAUACUCAUGUCGAUACUCCCAAAAAGAAAUUACUUGAACAUAUUCUAGGUGUUAAAUCUCGACUAGAAAAUAGAUUAAGUUAUAUUGAGGCCAGGAUUGAUGAUAUUGAAAAAGACUAUGGUUUGAAUCUCGAUCCGGACGAAAUUGAGAGAGAAGAAGCAAAAUUCCGAAAAACAAUUAAACUUUUUUAUCGUGAAUUGAAAUUAGUUAUGGAUCUCAGCCGUUACCAAAAAAAGAGACAAAUGGGUCAAGAUAAACAACGAAAGGAAUUAGAACACAAAAUUGGCAAUGAAACGACAAAACAAAAAGAUUCUGAAUUGAGCUAACAUUGAGCUAUUUAGUAUUGGCUAUUUUAAAUUUUCUUAAUCAAAUUGUAUCAUUUUGUCCGAUUGGCGAAUCAAGGAUUGAUCAAUCAGAAGAUCGGGCUUCUACCUCAUGUUAACAUUUAAAAUAUUCAAUUGUUCAAAAGCACUUUUUUUAAUUGUAUUCAAUUUUAUUUUUGUAUUAAUAUUUUUUUAAGCAGUUGUAUUUACAUUGACAUCUAAUAAGAAACAUACAAAACAACAUUGAAAGAAAAGUUUAAAUACAAAGACAUUUUACACAUCA